GAAUCUUCUAAAUCUUUCAAAGUGAUCAUGAAGGAAGAUCGUCUUUGAACUUGCGAAAAAGGCCGUUUCUCAAGCUGAGUCUGAGUAUCAAGGUCCAUGUGGCUGAGCCAAACAAAGGCCGGAUCCAACGGGAUGCUCUGUGCUUCAUUUUAGCUAUCUCAAAAGAAACCGGAAACGACUACGAUUCUACCUCUUUAACAAGACGAAGGUCCAACACCAAAGCCAAUGGGAAGCCAUGGCAUCCCUGGCUUACAGUGCCGUUCCAUUGCUUGAAGAAUGGCUCUAGAGUGGGAGACUGAUUUCUUGGACUGGACCACGCCCCCGCCAAUCCCUCCUCCACCGCCCGUUCCACCGUUCCUCAAAAGUGAGCUUUGUCUUCAACAAGAUUCCACAGUUACUGUCCCAACCAAAAUGGAUCUUUUACUGCAGUUGUCCAUAUUCCUGAUGCUCGGAUCCCUUGGGCUUCUCGUCACCUUCACCUUCUUCCUUUGCGUAUUUCGAUUGUGCUUCUGCGGCAAUCAAACCAGAUUCACUCCUAGGCAGCAGCGGAGAGGUAGUGGAGAUAUGCUGGAUCAGUUAUUGGAUGAAGAAAACGGACAAGUGGACGAGUCAGAGAUAAAUCUGACGGAUCCUUCCUCCUCUUCCUGGUCCUCAUCGUCUUCGAAAUCCAAGUGGUCUUGGACGGGUUGGUUGAGACAAAGCAAAGUGAGCUGCUCCUCUGCUCAAGAAGUGUUCCUCAAGUCUAAAGACAAAUGUGACUCUCUGCAGCACGAAUUAAAGUGCACAAAAGUUGCCGAUGAAACCAUUCGGCAUAUGUGACGCCUUCAGAGUUGUACAAAAUAGGGAGUGAAAUAUAAUAUGAGAAU